GCCGGCUGUUCGGGCCGCAGCCAUGUACAACCCGGCCGGGCCCGGGCUGCACGGCAGGGGGAGGCGGCGGGGAACGGCGGGAGGCGGCGGGGGGGGGGCGCUGCCCAAACAACCGGAGCGGAGCCUGGCGUCGGCGCUGCCCGGGGCUCUGUCCAUCACCGCGCUCUGCACCGCGCUGGCCGAACCCGCCUGGCUCCGGAUCCACGGCGGGACCUGCGGGCGGCAGGAGCUGGGGGUGGCCGAUGUGAUGGGGACCGUCAGGACCGAGCUGCUGAGGGAUUAUUGCAUGAACCCUCAGACCGUUCUCCUGCUCCGUGUCAUCGCUUCCUUCUGCUUCUUGGGCAUCAUCUGCAGCCUCUCAGCUUUUCUGCUCGACGUCUUCGGGCCCAAACACCCGGCCCUAAAGAUCACCCGACGUUACGCCUUCGCUCACAUCCUCACAGUCCUGCAGUGCGCCACCGUCAUCGGGUUCUGCUAUUGGGCCUCGGAGCUGAUCCUGGCCCAGCAGCAGCAGCACAAGAAAUACCACGGCUCCCAGGUCUACGUCACCUUCGCCGUCAGCUUUUACCUCGUUGCCGGAGCAGGAGGAGCCUCGAUCUUGGCUACGGCCGCCAACCUGCUGCGCCAUUACCCCAGCGAGGAGGAGGAGCAGGCGCUGGAGCUGCUGUCGGAGAUGGAGGAGAACGAACCUUACCCUGCGGAGUACGAGGUGAUCAAUCAGUUCCAGCCGCCUCCAGCUUAUACCCCGUGAUGGGACGGGGCUCCGGCAGCUCUGGGAUGGAGACACCGACCUCAAUGCUCUGCUAUGGGGUGUGAGGACCCUCCAAGCUCCCUCCGUUCUACGUGGGGCUGUUGGCCCCGUUGCUUGAUGGGGAUGAGCCCCCCUUUGUUUUAUGGACUCUGUGUUGUGGUUUUAACCCCCUCCCUCCACUCGAAGCGACGUGGGGCUGAUCCCAUGGACAACACGGACACGACAUGAACCCCAGCUCCGUGUCCUCCCAGCCCCAUAGGAGCCUUUGGGGCAGGCACAGCAUCUCCCGCACCCAGCGCUGCCCUAUUGCACUUUAACCCACCAGGCUUCGCUGCUGGGGGCUGCGGAGCUGCUGCCCCCCAUCCACCCCUUCAUCCCUAUUGGAACCUCCAGGUUUUUAACCCACAUAAAUGGAGACUUUUAACCCCUAAUGGAUCCCACACUAAUGGGAGCAGAUGGAGCCACACUAAGGGACGGGCUGCGAGAUCCCAACGCCUCCAUGUCAAUGGGAACUGUUGGUUUCCUGCUCCCCAUUCAUGGCUUUGGAUCCUGCUUUGGCCCCAUUCUCUGCCUGGCCCCAUGGUGAGGGCUAUGGGGGGGGGGCUUUGCUUUGCUAUGGGGCCUGAAACAAAGAGGGGGAAGCCCACCCCCCCCUGAGCCCCAUAGGGCAGCAGUGCGGCCCCCCCCCCUCCUCCUGCCGCCCCCCAGCACCGCUAUGCAACCAUGGGAGCUGACAGGGGGAGCAGCCAUUGAGCUGCAUUGGGGGGGGUCCGUGCAGCCCCCGACCCGAUAUGGGCUGAGCUGCUGCUGUGUGGGCCCAGAACCGGGCGGUUCCCCCCU